CGCAACCCACGGUCUCCGCUGGCCGCGAGCUCGUCGUCGGCGCCGAGGGGAGGAGCGCACCGGAAAACCCGGCAUGGACUCCGGCCGGCGUCGCUUCCCGCCGCUCCCAGCACCGCGUGCAGACGCAUUAGUGCGCUAGAGCUGGGACAGUGGACGAGCUCUUCUAUGUGAUUCCACCCGGUGUUCGCGUCAAGACUGAAUCGCAGGAGCCAGGAUUACACGGAGGAUGUACGGAAACGCGGAGUGAUGGCAAAAGCGACACACACACACAUUUGAUGGACGGAUUUCACCAGACUGAACUUCCACAUUUUGCGCCUCUAACACCUUAAAUCUUUUCACAUAGAUGUUUCAGAUUGCUGAGCAGAAAGGAUGACAUCGGAGGCUGCGGUCUCCACACCUGCUGCCAUAAGCAGCAGCCCUGCCAGGAGAGACUACUACUGGCUUCGCUCCUUUAUAGCUGGAGGUGUAGCAGGAUGCUGUGCCAAGACCACCAUCGCUCCUCUGGACAGAGUCAAGAUUCUUCUUCAAGCCCAGAACCCCCAUUACAAACAUCUGGGCGUGUUUUCUACUCUCACAGAAGUUCCAAGAAAAGAAGGAUUCCUCGGUUUAUACAAGGGUAAUGGGGCAAUGAUGGUCCGGAUUUUUCCUUAUGGAGCUAUCCAGUUCAUGGCAUUUGACAAUUAUAAAAAGCUGCUUAGUAAACAGAUUGGGAUCUCGGGUCACAUCCACCGCCUCAUGGCAGGAUCUAUGGCAGGGAUGACGGCGGUGAUAUGCACUUACCCACUGGACGUGGUCCGCGCUAGGCUGGCCUUCCAGGUGAAAGGAGAGCAUCGCUACACUGGAAUUGUCAACGCCUUCCACACCAUCUACCUUAAGGAAGGGGGCUUUUUGGGCUUCUACAGAGGACUUACCCCAACCCUCAUUGGAAUGGCCCCAUAUGCAGGUUUUUCAUUCUUCACCUUUGGCACCCUGAAGAGCCUCGGCCUGAAACACUUCCCAGAAACGCUGGGACGCCCCUCCUCAGACAACCCCAACGUCCUGAUCCUGAAACCCCACGUCAACUUGCUUUGUGGAGGCGUUGCUGGUGCCAUCGCUCAGACAAUAUCGUACCCCUUGGACGUGGCCAGGAGAAGAAUGCAGUUAGGUUCCAUUCUCCCUGACUCAGAGAAAUGCACAUCGCUGACCAAGACCAUAAAGUACGUGUAUAAGACGUAUGGAGUGAAGAAGGGACUGUACCGAGGCCUUUCUCUCAACUACAUCCGUUGUGUCCCCUCCCAGGCCGUCGCCUUCACCACAUAUGAGUUCAUGAAGCAGGUUCUCCACCUGAAUUAGCUGCUCCGUCUGGGCCUGUCCACUUCCUUUUAGAGGAGUCCGAGGCUCCACUCUAUGUCUUAACCUCUUAAGCAGUCAGUCACUGCUGGAAAAACUGGAUGACUAACUGUGUCUGUCCUGUUUCAUUAGCAUUUGCAGCGUCUUUUAUCCGUGUCCUCAUGCAAACUGCAGGGCAACUUUCUCUUGUUCAGCUGGUUGGGGGUUUUGCAGUAACCACAUCUUCUUUCGCACUAUUUUAACCUUCCUCAUUCACACAGUCUUGCAUGUCUUUAUCUUUCUGUUUUCAUCUGGCUCCAUCUUACACUGACGCCAGCCUAAAAAAAGGUUGAUCAUUAUCUUGUUAGCUUUUACACAGGGAAGAUAGUGAAGCACAUUCAUUCAAAUGGUAUGUCACAGUUAAUCUUCAACUACACACCUUUAUUAUUAUGUCUUCUUCCUAUUUGGCUGUUUGCUUUUUGGAACGGCAGUAUGUUCUGUAAUGUUCUGUUCGGGUCUUAAUGCGUCUGCGUGUGGGAGGCUUUAAGUUGAGGAGGUGUUUGUGUACACUUGCCUUCUUUUUCAACACAAAUCUGAAAUAAUGUAGUUUUGCUAUUUUCUCUUGCAGUUAUCUAAUGGUACCUAGGAUUUAACUGCCAAACUUUGACUAGGGUGUUGCUGUUUGCAUUUUAAUUGCAGUUCAUUUGUUGAUUGUUGUUAAUGUACUCCUGUGUCUAGCGUGUGAAUUCACUAGUUUAAGAAAGAUGCAGGACUGAAAUGUCAGGUGUAGCAUUUUCCAGGAAGGACUCAGGAGAAAUUUGCACUUCAGGACUGUUUUAUCUUCAUUUUUUUUAUAGACCUAGAGACUUGUUGCCACUGGGUGGCAGCAUUGAUUAUAAGUUAUAUUGUUUACCAUCAGAGCUGAAUGCAACAAUAAUUUUUCAUGCAUCUAUAAUGAAAUACAAGUCAGCGAAGAAGGCUAAUGAUUUUGCUGUUUGUCUCUUCCAAAGAUCAUUUUUAGAGAUUACGAUGUCCACAUUAGUCGCACUAUAGGUACAGAGUGGUCGUUUGCUUUCUUAGUUAUUGAGGAAUGGUGAAUUUCUUAGUGUCUUUUCAAUUUAAUGUGCAGCAGGCCUUCUACUUAUCACUGAGGUUUGCAGAGGAUUCACCGGCUUGCUAUUUAUGCAGCCUCCUAUGCAGCUUUGUGACUUGUUCUGCAUUCAGUGCUUUACUUCCCCAGAGAGGUCACAACGUUUGGUCGGUUGCAUAUUUACUGAUGGUUCUGUGUCUAAACAUCACAAUGAUUUAUGGAGAGAUAAAGAGGACCAUUGGAGAAGCGAUCAGAUAGAGUUGAGAGAGAGAGAUAGGUUGGGAGAACAGUCACAGGGUGUCGUAUUAUGUAAAGUGUGUGUUGGGUGUUUGGCUGAAGUUUGUGUUUAUUAAUGUUGUUAGCGCUCAGAUCAGGUGAUCUUUUGGGUUCACUGCCUUUGAAUACUGCAACGCAGUUCCUUACUUUACUGUUUUGCAGAUGUCAUUUUAAAUGGGAUAAUAUUUUUGCUGAUCAUCCUAUGAUACACUCACUAACACUUAUUAGGAUAGAAAAAACUGCGAUGUCUCCUUUGGAGGCCCGUUGCCAUGACGCUGUGGUGCCUAUGAUAAAGUGGCUCGCCAUGUGGCGGUCUGAUUGAAGGCAUGUAAUGAGAGCUUGAGGCCCAGAGAUUCUCUGGCUGAAAUGAGCCACGAGUUGAGGAUUAAUGUAACUGGAUACAGAAAGGUCCUUGAAGACAAGCUCCUCCAGAGUGAGACCUGACACCGGGGCGACGGGUCGCCUUUCAGCAUGACAAUGAGCCAUCGCUAUAGAAGACACUGGAGCAGCGACGGGACAAAGCCUUUACUGUCCUUGACUGACUCAGACAAACCUUAAAACAGUGUAUGUAACAGGAAAAAGUGUGGAGAUGUUAAGACUUCCUGCUGACUGAACACUUUGAAGGCUGUUUACUGUAGAUGAAGUGGGCUUUUAAAAAGGCUUCAGUCGCCUCUUAGCAGCUGGAACGUCGGACUGCCGGUAAAUCUUCAGACUCUUGACCUUGACGUGUUGCACCAUACCACGAUUUAAAUUUUGCGUGUUCUUGAACCGACCGUCUGGGGGGAAAAAAAAAGAAAUCUGUGAACAAUCAUUUUCCUGGAUGCUCUUUAAAUGUGUGAGCAAGUAAGCAAAUGCAACGUGAGAGCGUUGCUAUAAUUUGCCCGGCGUAUCGAGGCCAGGCUGCACAACAGCAGCUCUGAGAGGACUCUGCCGUGGCUUCAGCUCAGACUGUCUAAUAAACUGAGCUGAGUGGGAACGUAACUCUUAAAUGCCAAGUGUGUGCAGCGGCAUCCAGCUGUGCCCCCUGCCUCCCCGGGCCUGAGAGUAUAAUUACACACUGUCAUUGCCGAUGCUGGCAGCUAAUAUGUGGGUAAUGUAUUUUUCAGCAGCACUGAGCACUUUUUAACUGUCAUCCACAGUUCAGCUGUUUCACCCAAGCCUUCGUUUACGUUCUGGUUCCCGCGUUCGGUCCCACUUUCGUGAUCUCAUGGCUGCUUUUAGUUAGAUGAUCUACGAACAAAUUGGCUCUCUUCCUGCUGCUCGCUACAACAGAUUGUGUACAGAGAUGUGUUCAUAUUUAUAAAUAAAGAUGUAAAAUGUAA